CACCAAUACAAUGGCGUCCCUACCUACCAGUGACCCUGCACCGUUUGACACCAGGACAUUCCACUGGACGGACGCAAAGUCAACCAAGCCCACCCGACCUGAAGAUCCCUAUACCUAUCUUCAAGGCUUUGGCAAUGAGCACCAGUCGGAGCUCAUCCCCGGGGCGCUUCCGAUAGGGCAGAAUUCGCCCCAGAAAUGCCCGUAUGGCCUGUAUGCAGAACAGAUCACGGGCUCGUCCUUCGCGGCCACUCGCCACUCCACUGCGAGAAACUUUGUUUAUCGCCGUCGCCCUGCGGCUGUACACGACGAACAAAAGGUCAUUGAAGGGAACAGCACUCUUUGUGCCUCCUUCUUGCCUGGUGGCGGGCGGCUGCAGUCCACCCCGUCUCAGUUCUCAUGGAAGGCAUUUGGUAUUCCGCCAAAAGACGGUCCUUCGGUAGAUUUCACUCAGGGGCUUCACACUCUUGGUGGCAGUGGGCAUCCCAACCUCCGCGAGGGCAUUGCUUAUCAUGUAUUCACCAUCAAUACCAGCAUGCCAAACAAAGCUUUUGUCAAUAGCGAUGGAGACUUCUUGAUUGUUCCCCAGGAAGGCCACUUGGACAUCACUACUGAGUUUGGCCACUUGUAUGUCCAACCUUCUGAGCUCGCUGUGAUCCAACGCGGGCUCCGUUUCAAGGUCGAUCUCGUCGAUAAGCAUUCUCCAGCAGGUGGCCGUGGUUACGUGAUCGAGACCUGGGGAACAACAUGGGAACUCCCUGAGCUCGGUCCCCUAGGGGGGUACGGACUAGCAAACGCUCGCGACUUUCUCUUUCCGACUGCAGAUAUAAACUUGACAUCUUCAGGACCUUGGACUAUUAUUACGAAACACACCGACAAGUACUAUGCCAUUUCACAGGGACACUCGCCAUUCGAUGUAGUUGCCUGGCAUGGCAACUAUAUCCCUUAUAAGUAUGAUAUGACUAAGUUUGUCUACCAAAACUCCGUCUCUGUGGACCACACGGAUCCAUCUAUCAAUACUAUCCUUACCGCUAAAUCUCGCGAUGAGCAAGCCCCCUUGUGCGACUUCCUUGUUUUUGGUCCCCGCUGGGAUGUUGCGCAAAACACUUUCCGUCCACCCUACUUCCACCGAAACUGCGCCUCUGAGUUCUUGGCCAAGAUCUACGGCAGUUCUGGAGGCGGUCGCUCGGAGCUGUUUGUACCUGGCGGCGCCAGUUACGAGGCCGGGUUUACACCUCAUGGGAACGCUGACCUACGAACCAUGGCUGCUAUGACGGCGGAGCUGAAACCGAUGCGUGUAGGAGAGAAGCAGUUGACAAUAAUGCUGGAAAGCUGCCGGAGCUUGCUGUUUACAGAAUGGGCUCUCAAAGACUCCAAAGCACUCGUCGCGGAGGAUAUCCCAGCUGAUGCUUGGGACUUAGUGCCGGACAAUUUUGGGAGACAUCCCGAGGCCCUGGAGCAUCUACGAAGACUACAAAACCGGGGUAGUGGUAGAGCCUCCCCGGAUGCUGAAAAGGGUCAGUAGGUUACGAAC